AUUUGAGUGAGGCACAAGACAAGGAUAUGUUUUGUUUGCGUUACAUAAUGAAAUGCUCAAAAUCCCUAGCUAAGCAAAGUGAGGAGGAGGCAUAGCAGAUAACACAAACACAACCUUAGCCAACAACAAAGCAAAGGAAAGGAAAGGAAAGCAUGGGUUUACUGUGGUGGCGAAAGGGGAAUAAAACCCAAGCCCAACCUGAAGCAAAGUCGAACGGCGCAGACUCAACGAAACCCCUCACUGAGGCCCCAGGGAUGAACGGCGCCGUGGAGGUUCCCCGGCCCUCGAACACCACCGUCUCGAUUUUCGAGUUUGGCUCCGUGGCCGCCUCCAACGACAAGGUCACGCUCGCCGGCUAUUGCCCCGUCUCCGAAGACCUCGAGCCCUGCCGCUGGGAGAUCCUCCCCGCCGUUCAGUCCAACGCCCCCCAGUUUCGCGUGGUCUUCUGAUUCUGAUACCCAACUUUUUUUCUCUCUUUUGCCGCUUGUGGGAUUCAAUUUUAUCUACUUUUUUUUUUUUUUUGCUAUAAAACAUUCGAGUUUAAGCGCAUUUUUCUUUUUGUUAUGUUAUGUGUCUCUUUUCUUUUCGCCUGUUCGGUUUUUUACUCCCAAUAUUACAUGACUGUCACUGUUAUGUUCCAUUUAUUCGUGGUAACUAUUUAUCAGGUUGAUGAAUUAUAAAUCGUCCCCUUUCAUUUGGGUUAGACAUUUUUUA